UGUCAAUUACAUACAAUAUCCACGUACUAAAAUGGACAGGUCGCGAGCUUGUAGUGAAGAAACUUCUAAGUGAUCAAGUUGUGCAGCUAGUGUUGAUCAACAUUCACAACAAGAGGUGUUGGUCUGAAAAUAAUUGCACUAAAAGCCGAGAUUUGCGGCUGAGCUACAGGAUGCACGUCGAGGUAACGCCGCUCUCGUGCGUCGCGUUCGUGCGAAAAAGCAAAUUGAGUCUCGAAAUCUUUAGAUCCACACGACCCGCAAUAACAUAAAAAGAGAAAUCAAUGCCGUCACAUCAAGAUCUGAUCAGGGAAAAAGUGCAGGUUCUGAAAACGUGAUUGUUUGCACGGAAGUUCACAACUCCCCCGAUCCCAGACAUUCUGUACGAUCUGUUGUAUCAGUCUUUGCGCUGUACUUUAGAAAGACGACCUGUCAGCAAGAUCCAAAUCACUUCUCUUGAGACAUAGACACUAAAUCGCCUGGAAGGCAGUUCUAAAUCGUUCAAAAUCGUCCACCGUGAAAUUUAAAGAUCCGAGAGGAGGUUCAACUGAAGAUCUAAACCUUUACUUGAAGUUCGUAAAUGUGGACUUCCGAAGCUCCACUAUAGCGCCAUGUCGAGGAGAGCACUGCUGCUACAGAACUAUGUUCUCACCAUGGAAGAUCAUCACUCCGACCACCUGAGCAAUCCUUCUACGUUUUUUUUUCUAUCCUCACAGGGAAAACACUUUUUACGGGUGUUUUAAUCUACGGGUCUUAAGCGAAGUCGAUUCAACACAAAACGCAAGAUGAAGGGAGGUUCCUUUGGUCGCGGCGCCAAGCUGCAGAUGUCUCUGGGUUUGAACGUCGCCGCGCUGAUCAACUGCGCCGACAACAGUGGAGCCCGCAACUUGUACAUGAUCGCCGCGAAAGGUAUAAUUGGCACUUUCUUUUUCGACUUUAGAUUUGCAUUUUCACGUCCUAUCUUGUGGUGCUGGUUUGAUGUCUGUGGCUCGUCAGUGCGCAUGGAACUUUUAUUCUGAAACUGCUUUCUGAUAUGUCGUAGCGCGAUGAACCGAUUUGGAUUUAGAACAUACAAGCCGAACAAAUAACUCGUACGGCAUGCCAUUCUUAUGGAUGACUUGCGAUCCACGCUAAUUGAAAAUUCCAGGUUGCGGUGCUCGUUUGAACCGUCUGCCGAAGGCCGGUCCGGGUGACAUGAUCCUGUGCUCCGUGAAGAAGGGGAAGCCAGAGCUCCGUAAGAAGGUCCUGCUCGCCGUCGUCGUGCGUCAGAAAAAGGUACAUUGGUUUUUCUAAUGUUUCAGCAUUUGUAUGUUUGCACCACUACUACCCACUUUCAGAUUUGGUAAAGAGGGGCACCAGAUGGGUUUUAAAACUUCUUGAGCGCGUACCUCCUUUGGAAGGAGGAACAUCACGAUAUACGAGAUCGUCUUCUACAGCGAAAAACACGCUCCAUUCGGUUGCGAAGUUCCAUAAUUUUGCAAGAAUCUUCAAGUCGUCAAGACGUUUUCGCGGUUGUCUUGCCUGGAGCCAUACUCAUGACCUUAUACACGUUGUUUCUUUCUCCACAACAUACACAUUCUAUGUUUCAUUCCAACAAAACAACAGGCGUGGCGCCGCAAGGAGGGUGUCUUCAUCUACUUCGAAGACAACGCGGGCGUGAUCGUGAACGAGAAGGGUGAGAUGAAGGGAUCCGCCGUCACCGGCCCGAUCGCCAAGGAGUGCGCCGAAAUCUGGCCCAAGGUUGCCUCCGCUGCCCCGGCUGUCUGCUAAGUUGUUUUGUCGCAUCUUCAAUGUCUUUUUUGAUCAUGAUAUGGCAAAGCUGCUGGGAAAAGAAAUUCUCUGUGGAAGGACGCUGUUCUCCAAAACUGUUCGCGACGCCUCGAGACUGCGCCUUCACAAAUGAAACCUGUUUGAAUCGACCAGAUUAAGACUCACACCCUAGUAAAAAGAAACGCUUUCGAG